CUUCGCAGUAUCACCACACACGCACAUCUAGCCUGCCUGUCUGCCUGACCGACUCAUUCAUUCAUUCAUUCACUCACUGGUCACUUAAUGUACAAGACCCCUCACGGCCUCGCGGAGGCCAUACGACUUGGGUCCAUACACCAUCCGUGAGAAAUACGACACAUGGGCAGGGCUCCCGAUCGGCCAACACGACAGAAACCUGAAUACGCGACAGAGGCGAUAUAGAACCGAUGGACGCAUAGGAGAACGCCCUUCGUGCCCACACCAUUAAGUACCUGUUGAGCCAUGCGACACGAUCAUACGCCAGUGGGAUGGCCUCAACCACCGCCCGCCCCGGGAUGAGGGCACUGUAAAGCGGCAGCGGCAGCCGACGGGCGAGCGCAACGCAUGACGGACGGCCCAUCCGCAGGGCCUUCUCUCUGAGCAGAGAGGUGGGGCCGACCGACGGAUGGGCGACGCGAGUGAUGACGCCUGCUGUGGGUGCUUGGUGCUUGUUGGUGUAUCCUAGCGGCAGCAGUGAGAAGUUGGGCAUGCCCGCAGACCCGUUGUUGAAGAGCACACGCAUUGCACCGCUGGAUGACUGAUGGAUGGAUGGACAGAGCAACCACCCUGCAGUGAGCCUCCCACGCCUGUAUGUGAUCUUACUCACUAACCUUGUAUGCGACUGCCACAGGCAGGCAUGUAUGCGUCGACAAGACGCCGCUCACACCCAUGGCGUCGCAAUCGGCAGUGAAUCGCCGCAAGAAUUCCACCCCACAGCCAUCACCGCUGUCAUUCUCGCACAUAGCGCCGUCAUCACUCAGACACCGCCUGACAACCUCAGCCGACGGCACCUCCUCAGCACCCAACGACCACCCAGCCAGGGAGUGCGUGUCGCCAUGGACGACAGCGAACGUGCAUGAUGGUGCAUCGGGGUCUCUACCACACGGCUCGACGGUCAGCCGCACGUGCUUUGGCAGCUGGCUGAGUCGCUGCUGGAUGGCAGAAAAGCGCCGCGCUGUCUGGUGAAGGAUGCGGAUGAUCUCAUUCGAGCGAGCCACCACUCCGUCAUCGACAUAGGGCGGAUACGCGCAGCCUGAACCACAAGGUCAUGUGAAGGCUCUAGAGCGUCUUUGUAUCUGCUGCUGGUGUUGCUCACUCACCACAUCCAGUGUCUGCAUCCACUGUGUCCUUCGCAAUCUCCACCUCAACAUUGCCCGCCGUGGCCCACGUGUUGCUGCCCUUCCCAUCGCCCACCACCGCCUCAUUGACAUGCUGGAAGUCGCCAUCGAAUGCAUUGAACGAGUUGAAGUCGCCACUGAAGAUCAGAGCCGGCUCGCCGUCCAUCCCAAGCUCCUUCAGCAGCCGGUGCUCUGAUGCAUGAAGGUCGAGGAGGGUCCUCAGUGCCUCAGUGUUGCCGUAGAGCCCGCCCACCUGUUUGUGUGCGGCAAGAGAACGUGUACCAUUUUACAUGUAGACGAGUGAAUGAAUCGUUCUGGUUCGUGUGAGAGUACCACGUAGGCCGAUGACGCCGCCACAGUGUGCCCUUCUCGGAUGUGUGCUGGCGUGUAGCGGUAGGAAAGUGGGCAGGACCGGCCCUCAGCACUCAUAAUGUCAGCAGUAGCAGAGCACAAGUCAGUGGCAGCAGAAGCAGAUGGGAAAGGCCUGAACACACACAGAGGGCAGGAAAGCAGGAAGGUUGCACAAGUGCAGUGCAGAUGAGCGCCUGCGUCAAAGGCACUGAUGGCGGUGUCAUGACAUGGCUGCCAAUGCUUAUCCCACGGUAGCGGCUGCUUGCUCGGUGAUCGAAGAUCUGCCACAAACACACGAUCAGAUGAUGCUGAUCUGACACGGUGAGGCACGCACACACUUUGUGACGGAUGCGUGCGGUUCUUGAUCUGACUGUUCGUCGGGAUAGAUGGCAGCCCCUCCAGGCACAGAUCGGCG